AUGGUCAACCUUAUUAUGGAAUGUGUAAGUACAGUCUCUUAUUCACUUCUGAUUAACGGAGGUUUGACACCAAAGUUUCAGGAAAAGAAGGGGCUAAGACAAGGUGAUCCAAUGUCACCUUAUCUAUUUGUUUUAGUGAUAGAGUACUUGAACAUGGAUCUGAAGCAACUGGAUUCAAAUCCAGAUUUCAACUAUCAUCCCAAGUAUGCAAAACUGAGAGUGAUUCAUAUAUGUUUUGCUGAUGAUUUACUAAUGUGUUGUAGAGCGGACAAGGUAUCUAUUGAAUUGAUGAUGAAACAGUUUGAGGAAUUCUCGACUGUGUCUGGUUUACAAGCAAAUAUGGAGAAGAGCUCACUCUAUAUGGCAGGAAUAUCUACACAGUAUAGAGAAGAAAUUCUGCAGAAGUUGAAGCUGACCAUUGGAGAAAUACCAUUCAAAUACUUAGGAGUUCCACUAUCCUCAAAGAAGCUCAACAUUAACCAAUGCAUGCCACUGGCACAAGUGUUUCUGAUUCCAAAAAAAGUUCAUGAAAUGGUUACUACUAUAUGUAGGAAUUUUCUAUGGAAAGGAAGCAUUGAAGGGAAGAAGGUACCAAUAGCAUGUGAAAUUGUCUGUAAACCAAAAGCAGCAGGAGGCUUGAAUGUCAUAAACUUCUUAGUAUGGAACAAGGCAGCAAUAUGCAAACUACUAUGGGCAAUUGCACAAAAGAAGGACAAGUUAUGGGUUCUGUGGAUUCAUCAUCACUAUAUGAAGAAGAAGGAUUUGGAAAAUAUGAAAACUCCAAAACAAGUUAGCUGGGUGAUAAGGAAAAUUUUUGAAGCAAGGAGAUGGCUAACUACUGGAGUGAAGGAGUUGGAGUUAUAUGCAGUAAAGGGGAAGUAUCUAAUCAGUAAAACGUAUACUUCAAUUAUGCCACAAUAUCCAAAGGUCAGCUGGAAAACAUUGCUCUUGACACAAGGAAUAUUACCUAGACAUCAGUUUGUUUUGUGGAUGUCAUUGCAUCAGAGAUUAGCAACGGUGGACAAGCUAAGCAAAUGGGGAAUAAUAGUGCCUAAGGAAUGUGUUUUAUGUAUGACUGAUACAGAGGAAACUCAUGAACAUUUGUUCUUUGAGUGUUCAUAUUCAAGAUUUAUAUGGGAACAGCUGCUAAAACUCUUUGGAAUAAGUCGACAAGUAGGAAGAUGGCAAAAGGAAACUACAUGGCUGACAACAAGAACAAAGAGCAGAAAUGAACUAUGGAAGAUCCUGGGAAGUGCAUUUGCAGCAGCAAUAUAUCAAAUAUGGAUGGAAAGAAACCUGCGAAGAUUUCAACAGUCAAGAAGAGAAAGUAGGGAUAUAGUUAUAGAAAUUAUAUUACAUUUACACGUUAAAGAACAGAUCGUGAAAUUGGCGCCGCAACGCAGAUCACAGCGCCACGUGGGUGGCCAGAUGCAGCAGAGCAACGGGGCGGCUACUGCUGGUCUGUAUGAUCAGCAGCAGGGCAAUGCCAGCCCCGCUGCUGAUGCAGGAGAUGCUGUCAUGGCGCGAUGGCUUCAGUCUGCGGGCUUGCAGCAUCUGGCCUCCCCAAUGGCAGCCUCUACCGGUGUGGAUCACCGACUCCUAAUUAUGCAGGGAUAUGGAGCUCAGUCUAUGGAAGAGAAACAGAGGCUUUUCAAAUUAAUGAGAAACCUCAACUUUAACAGCGAAUCUGCAUCCGAGCCAUAUACUCCUACUGCUGAAAGUUCAGGAGGGAUCGGAGCAUCAGAUGGUUUCUACUCUCCUGAGUUCAGAGGAGACUUUGGUGCUGGGCUUCUGGAUCUGCAUUCUAUGGAUGACACAGAGCUCUUAUCUGAGCAUGUAACUUCAGAACCAUUUGAGCAGUCACCUUUCGUGCCUGCGGUGAAUGGAGCAUUUGAUAGUAACUUUGAUGCCCCAACCCAUUGGCAACAAAAAGCACAACCAGAAGCUGAUAUUGCAGAUGGAUUGCCCAUAAUUGAAAAGGAAAGCAACGCAAGAGAAAACAAUGUGGCAAAGAUUAAAGUAGUGGUGCGGAAAAGACCUCUAAACAAGAAAGAAAUUUCUCGGAAGGAGGAUGACAUCGUCACUGUAACAGACAAUGCUUGUCUCACUGUCCAUGAACCCAAACUAAAGGUGGACUUGACUGCUUAUGUUGAGAAGCAUGAGUUCUGUUUUGAUGCUAUUCUAGACGAGCACAUUACAAAUGAUGAGGUUUAUCGUGCUACCGUGGAACCAAUUAUUCCUACCAUCUUUCAGCGCACAAAAGCAACAUGUUUUGCUUAUGGCCAGACAGGUAGUGGUAAGACAUACACGAUGCAACCAUUGCCUCUCAGAGCUGCAGAUGAUCUUGUCAGAUUGUUGUAUCAGCCAAUUUAUCGUAAUCAGAAGUUCAAGUUGUGGCUCAGCUUUUUUGAAAUAUAUGGUGGGAAACUGUUCGAUCUUCUCAGCGAUAGAAAGAAACUUUGUAUGAGAGAAGAUGGGCGUCAGCAGGUUUGCAUCGUUGGGCUCCAGGAAUUUGAAGUUUCAGAUGUGCAGGUUGUGAAAGAGUAUAUUGAGAGGGGAAGUGCUGCAAGAAGUACAGGUUCCACUGGUGCAAAUGAGGAAUCGUCAAGAUCACACGCGAUAUUACAACUUGUCAUCAAGAAACACAAUGAAGUAAAGGACUCUAGGCGAAAUAAUGAUGGAAAUGAAUCCAAGGGUGGGAAAGUCGUCGGAAAGAUUUCUUUUAUUGACCUUGCUGGUAGUGAGAGGGGGGCGGACACAACUGAUAAUGACAGACAGACAAGGAUUGAGGGAGCAGAAAUUAACAAGAGCUUGUUGGCUCUUAAAGAGUGUAUUCGUGCUCUUGACAAUGAUCAGCUUCAUAUACCGUUCCGUGGGAGCAAACUCACUGAAGUACUUCGUGACUCCUUUGUUGGCAACUCAAAAACUGUUAUGAUUUCCUGCAUUUCUCCCAAUGCUGGAUCAUGUGAACAUACACUAAAUACCUUGAGAUAUGCUGACAGGGUUAAAAGUCUAUCCAAAGGUGGAAACACCAAAAAAGAUCAGAGUGCAAGCAUAAUACCUCCUACAAUCAAGGAACCUCCUUUAGCGACUACAUUGGCUGCUUCUGUUGAGGCAGAAAACGCUUAUGAGCAACCCCAUGAAUCUAAAGUAUCAGAAGCAAGUAGGAGAGUUAUGGAGAAAGAAAGCACAUCAUACAAUUCCACAAAUGAUUUUGAUAAACAAACCUGUAGAUUUUCUUCAAAUCAUACUUUCAAUUGUCUGGAGGAAGGAGCAAAUUUUGGUGGGACAGAUAGGGACAGGUUUGAGGUUAAGAAUAGCUAUGGUGUUCCAGCUGGUCAAAGAAUGAUCUCGGCAUCAAAUUUGCAGAGCUCAACUGAUACAGAGGACAAGGUGCAGAAAGUGUCUCCACCUCGGAGGAAAGUUUAUCGUGAUGAGAAACUUGAAAAGCCGGGAAAAUGGUCAAGAAAAGAUGUAUCAAGCUCUGAGUCAUUCUCAACAAGUUAUAAACAGCAAAGCGCAAGUAUUCCUAAUAUAAGAAGUAAUGGGUCGGGACAAAAUGAACCUAGUUCACCCCCUUGUGAUGAGAAUAUCAAUGAAUUACUGCAGGAAGAAGAAGCCCUGAUGGCUGCGCACAGGAAAGAAAUUGAAGAUACAAUGGACAUUGUUCGUGAAGAAAUGAAACUGCUGGCAGAAGUAGAUCAGCCUGGAAGUCUAAUAGACAAUUAUGUAUCGCAGUUGAGCUAUGUGCUGUCACGAAAAGCAGCAAGCCUGGUUAGCCUUCAGGCUCGCCUUUCCAGAUUCCAGCAUCGAUUGAAAGAGCAGGAAAUACUGAGUAGAAAGAGGGUACCACGCUAAGGCAACAAUUUAGUUGCAUUUGAAGUGGUCUCCUUUUCUCCCUGGUAUAAUCUGUCCCUUUGAAACAUUCAAGAAUAGCUUAAUCUAUCUUGCCAACACAAACCAUCAGGUGAAGUUACGUUGUGCAGAUGUACAGAAAACAAAGCAGUGGUUGUUGUCUUAUGAACUUGAACUAAAGGAACUAUAGACAUACAUUCAUGCUGAUUAACAAGUUAAGAAGCAAUGCUGUGUUGUCGUGAUCAGAUUUGGACUUGCUGAAACGUGGACAGAGAUCCACAUCUAUUACUGUGUUGUCGAAUUUCAUGUUGUGCAAUGUCGCCAAAGUAUAGGUUUCUGGGAAGAUAGAUGUGUAUUUGUAACUUAACUUUUACUAUAUGUUCUCUUGCAACAAUAUGAUUGAUUCAAUGAUUUCACUCUGUAUCAAACAUUUAUUUUAUUUUUAUUUUGCGCUAGCAUUUCUCAUG